AUGUCGGUGUCAGACAAUGAAUGGUCGGAUAGUGGGAGUGAAUAUUUCGAAGAAUUAGAAUCAUUGAAAAACCUUUCAGCAAAAUCAACAACAGCACCGACCUUAUCAAUUUCUCAUACGAAUCCCGUAUCGAGCGUGAGGGGAUCUCAUGUGUCGAGUAAGUCAGGCAAAGCAACAUCAAUACAUCAGCCGAACAAGAAAUACACACCGUAUCGCAAUAAUACAAUGCAAAAUGGACAUGUUAGCAUUAUGUCAAAAAACCUCGCUGCGUCAACACCUCUGUUGGUGAUUCCACCACCGUUUAGUACCAGUAACGAUCUGCAUCGAACAUCCACUCCAUAUCAAUCAAGCUUAACGAAUUCCUAUAGUAAUGCUUCGAUGCAGCUACUUGUUGGAAAAAAGAAGAAGGGUUUAUUUAGCUUAUUAAUAUCACCCGCUGUUGAAGAUUCAAGUAUUCCGAGGAAUAGUCAGGAAAGAGUUAUUCAUAACAGAAGCAAUGUUACUUCAAGUCGAAAUGCAGAAGGUGGAACUCCUUCAACACCGCUUGGAAAACUGGAAAUGUGGCUUUCCAAACCAUUGUGCAUGGGAAUGAAUCGGCUAAAUGGAACAAUAUUAUUCUGCUUCAUGAUAUUUCUUGGUUUAGGAAGUUUUAGUGGACUGAUUGCCAGUCUUGUACUAUAUUUACAAGGUAAAUCUUACAACGCACAGAACACUAUCAUCUUUCAUAAACCCGGCAAGCAAACAUUUAAUUUUUCACUUGUUCAAGAUCGUGUAACGGAUGCUCAGUGGAAAAUACUCGGUAUAGUUGUAUGUGCACUUAUGUUAACAACGGUCGCACUAGCGUUUCUGACACACAUCUAUUGUUAUAAGAAUGGUUAUAUGCUUAGUGAAGGCGACUCAUUUUAUUCUGAUGAUGAUGACUCAAAAUACGAAAGUAAAAGCUCUACUCAGGGAUCGAGAUACAAAUAUAAGAGUCCGGCGGAUCUGGCGCCUACGCAACUGACACCUGGUUCACUAUCCAUUGGAAUCACAGAUAAACAGACGAAUACAGUGAGAGCACUGAUUGCUCACCCGCUGGAGCAAGAAAUCGUUGAAGACAUUGAUACUCCCUGUUUACCGAUUCAUGUUAUUCAAAAGCCAGAAGAUAUAACACAUACUGAACUGCGGGGUACCCGUUCAUGUCAAUCCGUCAGUGAAUAUCUGCCUGAAUCACUCGAAAAUUUUAUUCUGCGAAAUACAACGGUUAUCCAUGUUCCAAAAUCAUCUUCAAAGCAAAAUGCACUGGUAACUCCGCUGUCGAGAUCAUCUUCAAAACCUCAAGUGAAACGUGUCGUUCGUGUUCGAUUGGAAGCACAAAAGCAACAAUUCCUCGAUGAAAUCAAACUAUCAAAACAUCGUCAACAAGUUGAAACAAUCGAACUGGCUCAGCGAGACAAGAGCACAACAUAUUCGAAGUACUGCGAAGACAUAUAA